GGGGGGUGAGGCGGCGGGUACGUUUCUUGUGGGCACGGAGGGCGGCCGCAUCUUCAAGUGCUACAACGACACGAAUGACAUCAAUGUCAAGGAAUUUUCCCGCGCCGUGUGCGCGGGUGAGAAGGUGGAGCUGCGCACCCCGGUGCGGGAGGCGGGCUACUCGCCACAUGCAGGGGCGGUGUUCGGACUGGACUGCUCGCCGUUCCAGCGCGAGCUCUUCCUCAGCUGCUCCACCGACGGCAGCGUGCGGCUCUACUCCUCGCUGCGCAUGGCCCCGCUGCUGCAGCUGGAGCCCACAGCCGCCUACCUCUUCGCGGUGGCCUGGAGCCCGGUCAGGCCGCUGGUGUUCGCGGCGGCUGCGGCUGACGGCUGCGUGUUCCUGUUCGACCUGCUGCGGCCCGCCGAGGUGGUGCGCCCCGCCCUCACACUGGACACCAAUGGCAUGCGCAAACCCGUGUACGCACUCGCCUUCAACAGCCGCAAACCCGAGCUGCUGGCGACGGGGGAUGCCACGGGGAUACAGAUAUGGCGGCUGCCCUCCUCCCUGACCGCAGUGCGACGAGGUGAGGAGGCGGCGCUGCGGCGGCUGGCGCUGGCGGAGGAUGUGCGGGAGCUGAUGCGGGGGCAGCAGCAGGGGGG